AUGGCAGAGUCAUCUACAUCCACGAACACACCCAACAUAGUAACCCUGGCUGGCUUGGGGUUUCAAACGAUAGAAUCGUUCAAGAAGGUGGAGAUCACUCUCAAAAACCAAGCCGAUGAUCGGGCCUGGCCGAUAGCUCAAUUUCUGUCCGAGGCCGAAAGAUUUGAGCUCUGGGCAGCCAAUUUGGGUCUGUUUUUGCAGGAGCUGAUAAACUCGUUGGAUGAUGGUGAGAACUCUGCACUACUGCUCCGUACGAUGAAAGCCAUAAGGACUUACACAAGUGAUGACGAAGAGACCAAUCAAGCAGAAUCGGAUGAUGAAGAUGAUGAAGAUGAAGAAGAUGAUGAGUCGGAAAUCGAUCUUUUGCUAGACGGCAUUCGAGACCCUAUCAACAGAUUGUUCAAAGUAUCUACCAAGAUCAGGAAUCCAUCAACUAGAAUUGGCUCCUCCAAGGCUGCCCUUUUCCAGAAAAUAGACGAAGAAACGGGGGUCGACUUCCUGCAAGUUAUAAGGAAAGAAGACUAUGACUACGUCAGGUCGGUCUUCUUGGAGUAUCAAAAGCACAGAGCCUGUCAAGAGCACGACCCGAGAGCGCCGCCAAGGGAAAUUACGAUAGGAGAUGACCAAGAUAAAGUAUGGGAGCCGAUCAGGACCGUCUUGCUCAAUGAAAGGACUGGAACAGACUCUUUCCUCAUCGGACGUAUUGCACAGGCAAACACGCUCAGGAGACGGCAAUUCGCAUAUUGGGCUCGACAUCGGGACAAACUACAUCACCACACCAAAACAACUCUAUCCGCGAAGGCUCCAGAGGUCGGUUUGCGUGAUGCGCCAGCGGCGGAUCUACCCAAAAUGGGUGAGCUUCCAUCGCUGUUGGCCAUCACUAAGGAGGUCGCAGUUCCCUCCGUCACGACUGCGACGAACCUCAACAUCGCCAGACUCGAAGCCAUGGACGACCGCUCAACGUGGACUGUUUCGGAAUAUGCACCAUCGACCUGGAAGCCAAGCAGAGACGUGAUAGAGUUUCCACCUGCGCCAAGACCAUCUCGUAAAACGCCCUUCAACGAGUUUUUUGAAUGUCCGUACUGCUUCACCUUGUGUCCCAGGGAGACUCUCGCAGACAAGGCUUGGAAAGCCCACCUAAUCCAUGAUUUGCGCCCUUACAUAUGUACGUAUGAACACUGCAAUAACCCCGCACAGCUAUACGAUAGCCGACGGGAUUGGGUCCAGCACGAGAAUUCAGCCCAUCGUAAAGUCUACCGAUGUCUUCACCACUCAGGCCAAGUCUUUACCCAGCUCGAAGAGUAUAAACGCCACCUUAAGGAAGAGCAUGCGGGACUCAGCAACAACGAAGCAUCCCUCGGGCGGAUCAUUCAGGCCAGUGAGUCCGUUCUGGAUGUGCCUGAUCGCCCCUGUCCGAUUUGCAUGGUCACAUUCGACACUGCCAAGGAAAUGGAGGGCCACGUCGCCCUUCAUCUAGAGAGACUUGCCCAAUUCUCCUUUCCGAGGUCCAUAGCAGACGCCGACGACGGGUCCAACGCGGAUUCAGACAAAGCCAAUGGACCUGUGGCAGACGAGUCUCGGGAUGGUGAUUUCGAGUCGGUCAUCUUCAAUGAGUUCGACGAAGGAGGAGACAAGCAUGGCAGUAUAGAACUCUCAAGAACAGGAUCACCAAGUCCCAAUGGCUUGACCGAAGGAGCAAUGCAAGACCUCAACAAUGCUAUCGGCACAGAAGACAAAACUCCUGCCAGAGACACUGGGCCUGUUUCCAAAGAUACCGUGGUGAACGUCGAAGUGGCAGCGGCCCAAGUUUUCGAAUACACCACGAAGGUUUCAGACAUUGCCCUUUCACCAGAUAACAAAUACUUGGCAUUGACUCUUGAUGAGGAGUCCGUCCGGAUCAGAAAUUUGAGCUCAGGGGAAAAGUUGCCACCACUGGUUGGCCACGAAAGCGAUUGCUGGGCUGUUGCCUGGUCCUCAGACGGGUGCAUAGCUACGGGCGACUUUAACGGUACAAUCAAAUUGUGGAACGGCGAAUCGCGUGACUGCUUCAAGACAAUUUCUGCACACAAAGACACCAUCAAUGAUUUGACAUUCUCGCCAGACGGCCGAUUCCUGGUGUCUGCGUCCUGGGACAAGACGUCUCAAUUAUGGAGAAGCAGUGGGGAGCAGAUAACAUGUGAAAACGAGGAGCAAGAGUUCUUUCCGAUCUAUGUCGCAGGAUACUCCCCAGAUGGCAAGCACAUCGUGACGGCAUCUGAUAGUCGGAUCAGUAUUUCUGAUAACACCAGAAGUAAAAUCAGGCAGGAGAUCCAGAGUCAUCUGGGGCUGAUUUCUGCCUUGACAUUCACGGUGAACGAAAAAUUACUGAUCACAGGUUCGUGGACGGGCCACAUCUCACUUUGGGACCUUGAGUCAGGAGCCCUUAUUCAAAACAUUGAUCGAGCGAAAAACGAGGUGACCGCGCUCGCCAUGUCCCAUAGUGGACUCUUGAUGGCUUCAGCUACCGCGGAUGGUGAAAUAAAACUCUGGCACACUCAAGUCUGGGCAGUGAGAAAUAUUGUACGGGGACACACGGGCGCGGUCAACACCAUUCUUUUCUCAAACGAUGACACGCAGAUUGUCUCGUGCUCAGAUGAUAAGACUGUCAGGGUAUGGGGUCUCGGUAUAGCGAGUACAAUGGAAUUGCCAACUCAUUCUAAUCGAACUGAGCGGUGGGCUAGAGAUUACUCCAACCAAGUUGAUUGA